AUGAGCCGCACGCCCACCUCGCCCCUGUGCCGCGAGCCGCCCUCGCCCAACGCGCGCUCCACGCCCUCGCCCGUGUCCCCGCGCAGCGUGGGCGGCCGCCACUUCCGCUACGACGUGUGGGCGGACCAGCGGGGCCUCCGGCGGAGGUCGUCGCUGUUGACGGUGCCCUCCACGCACGACCCGCCCGCCGACCUCCACCUGCGCCUCCCGCGCCAGCGGUCGUCCUCCAUCGCCGGCCCGCUGCGCCCGCCCGACCUCGUCAGGAGGACGAGUAGUCUACAACUUAACAAAAUUGGGCCCCCCCCCCCAUUCCCUUCCCCCGGCGGCUUGUCGGUACCUGUCGGAGUCGGUGCAGCGCCACCGGCUGGACGACGGCGGCAGCGGCGACGUGAGCAUCUGCAGCAGCUUCGACGAGUCCGAGCAGGAGGCCGACGCCACGAGCCCGCAGUUCGACGCCUCGGAGGGCGGCGCGCACCCAGGACCCGUCGGGGCGGCGCCACGCCCUCGGCGCCGUCGGGGCUCAGGUCGGGCCACGUGUCCCCCGGCAGCUUCGCGGGCUACCCGACGCCGGACCCCUUCGCCGGCGACAGCGCGCGGAGGAGGAACAGCAGCGCAGACCCCGCGACGGGGGUGUGUCGCCUUCGUCAGUUCAGCCAUCCACCUCCCGCGGGGGGCGUCGUCAACCGGGGGGACUCACCUGCGCCCUCGUCGCUCCGCCUCCAACACGUCAGUCACCUCCAGCCGUUUCCUCCUGCAGUAGGGAGCGCAUCCCCAGAACCAUACAGGAUUGUGAGUCUUGUUCAAGGACAACAAUAUGAUGUUCCAAAGUAUCAUAAUAGUUCAGGUAGUCUUCACACAAUGUCCGUCUGA